GGCCCGCCACUUAUUAUCUUCUAGUUUACUUGAGUGAACCCUUCAAUAGUUGCUGUGGUGUGAAAGGAAGCAUAUACUUUAUCACUUACAAUGUGGAGAUACAUAAUUUUUGCUUGUAUAGUUUGCACAAGCAAACUCUCAAAAGCUGGAGUAACUUUUUAUCGUGAUGAAGAUAAAGUUUUUGAGCUAACAGAAAAAAUUUUUAAAGAAAAAGUUAUUGCUUCUAAAGAACCCUGGAUAAUUGAAUUUUAUGCUCCCUGGUGUGGACAUUGCCAAAAUCUUGUAACUGAGUGGAAAAAGGUUGCAUUAGCCUUAGAGGGGAUAAUUAAAGUCGGUGCCAUUAAUGCUGAGAAAUACAAAUCUUUGCAAAGUGAAUAUCAAAUUUCUUCUUUUCCCACAAUAAAAUUUUUUGGAGGCAACAAACUUAAUCCAACUGUUUACACUGAAACACCCACUGCUGAUAAUAUUGUUGAUUUUUCUUUGAGGGAAAUCGGAGAGAUUGCACGUUCUAGGCUGGGAAAAGGCAAGUCCUCUGGUGGAAGCGCUAAGCAUGUAGUGGAGUUAUCAGAUAGUAACUUCGACGGUCGCGUACUAAAAAGCAAAAAAAUAAUCUUUGUGGAGUUUUAUGCUCCUUGGUGCGGACAUUGUAAACAAUUAGCACCCCACUAUGAACUCGCUGCUAAGAGGUUGCAUGAGAAGAAUUCUAAAGUUCGGUUUGCCGCUGUGGAUGCGACUGUUAAUUCUAAGCUUGCCACUAAAUAUGAUAUACGUGGCUAUCCGACCAUUUUAAUUUUUGGCGCUGAUAAAACAAAAUCCCCUAACCCAUACACCAGCGGAAGAGAUGCUGACUCGCUUGUGGAGGCUGCACUUUCUUUAGAAGCGUCUACUGGAACAGCUGCUGAGGUGACUGAACUGAUUUCUGAAGCCAUUUUUAUGGAAUACUGCAACCCAGAAAAACAAGUUAUCUGUCUGAUAGCGAUCCUCCCUCAUAUUUCAUUUACCGAAGCUAAAGGAAGGAAUCGCUAUCUCGAUGCCAUGAAGCAGGUAAACGAAGAGAUGAGAGGAAAGCCUUUUAGAUUUUUAUGGACAGAAGUUGGCAAGCAAAGCUCUUUAGAACAGUCCCUCCAUCUUGAUGGAGUGAUGUUGCCUACCAUGGUGGCUUUGAGCUUGAAAAAAUUAAAAUACACUAGAUAUACACGGAUGUCAGAAGCUUCCAAUUUUGACCCUAAACUUUUAAAAAUUAACUCUGUAGCACCUUGGGAUGGUAAGGAUUACCAACGUAAAGAUGAACUAUAA